AUGGAUACUGAUACCAGACCUCGUGAAACGGUACCGACGCCAAAGUCCCGUCGUACGCGAAAACGUGAUGCCAUUGAUCUGGGAAAACCGAAGAAACGGUGGUUCUUGGAAGAGAUUGGUGACGGCUUGAUCGAACAGCUCUGCACCAACACAAUAUACGGUGACCACAUGGAUGAUCAUAGCUCAUGUUUUUCCGUCCUCGAUCACUUGCGCAGUAAUGGGAAACCAGGGACUGUCUCUUCGGGCAGCUCAUCAGGUUACAGCUCCCAGGCACGACCCGGAUCAUUUUCCACCCCCACAACGAGUCUUGAUAGCCACGAUCCUUUGAGAUACACUACCUCACAGGCCCCGACAGAAGUCGGAAUCCCACUUCCAAAACCAGAAUCCAUAUCAAAAGAUGACAGAGAUCAAGCAGAUGUCUUCAGCCUAGAUGACUUUGUGACGAUGGCAGCCAUCGAGCGCCUCGCCGCAAACUACGGCCGCGUAGCCCACAUGGGCAUCCUCGACCGAAGCUACAGGUUCUUCGUGAACAAAUCUCGCACAGCAGCCCUCUCAUUCAAGAUCCAGAACUGCGUCGCCGUCAUCGGUGGCGAUCCCCUCUGCCAUCCAUCCGCAAUCCCCGAGCUCCUCUCCGAAUUCACAACCUACCGCAAACGCCAUCACUGGGGCAUAGCCUUCAUGGGCACCAGCGAGACCUUCCUAAAAGAACACGCCCAACCCAACAACUGGACAACCAUUCGCUUCGCCACAGAACGAGUCCUAAACCCACAAACCAACGAAGUCCUCCUCGAAACCAGCGGGAAACGCAUAACAACACAAAACCGCCAACUCCUCAACAAAUCAAAAGCCGGCCUCACAUUGCACGUCUACGCUCCCGCCGUCCACGGCACCGACCACCAUCUCCAAUCAACGCUGAUCUCCAUUUACGAUACCUGGCGCGCUCAUCGAAACGAAACCGCAUCCCCCCAAGCAUUCAUAACAGUAUACGACCCAUUCGCUCUCCCGUCGCUAAUGACCUUCAUCUACACGCGCGACAGCCAAGGUACCGUGAAUGGCUUCGCGGCGCUCCGCAGUCUCGGCUCGGAUGGAUAUCAUGUCGAUCCAUGCAUUGCAGCACCGGGAUCAAAUAAGGGAAUCAGUGACCUGCUCCUCAUCGCUGCCAUGGCAUUGCUGAACAAAGCAGGCGUUUCAUACUUGGGAUUUGGGUUUGAGCCGCUGCAUGCGCUUUCACGGGAUGAUGUCGUUGGCAUGCCUGCGCCGCUUCGCGCUUUCACGCGUGAGCUGUAUGGACAUGCAUUUCAGCGCUUGCCGAUUGGUGGAAAGAAGGCUUAUCAUGAUAAGUUUCGACCUGAUCCGAAGUUGGAUAGGGGGCUUUAUCUGGUUUUCCCUUCUGGGGUUCCGGGGCCUAGGGUUUUGAUGGCCAUGACUCAUAUGGCGAAUAUCAGUUUGAGGACGAUCUUCUGGGCGGAUGUGAGGGGCUGGGUGAAGAAGAAGGAGGGGAUUGCGGGUAAGGGCUCUGAGUCUCAGGUUGACACUGUGGUCACUGAGAAGCAAUGA